AUGAGCGUCACGAAUAACUCGAAAGUUGUGGUGCUCCAAGUUGGUGAGCGAAAAUUUCACACCACUGUUGAAACCUUGACAGAGAGAAGCGACUAUUUCAAGGCUUACUUCUCGGGAAAAUGGACAAUACCAACAAUGGAAGAUGGAUCCAUUUUUAUCGAUGCCGAUAGCACGGCGUUUGAACAUGUCCUUCGGUAUCUUCGACGUGGUGUUUUCCCUUUGGCAUAUGACACAGCAAAAGGACACGACUACCACCUAUACACCAGUAUCCUCCAGGAAGCUACAUACUUCCAGUGCCACCAUCUAGUGACUUGGCUCCAGGACCAAUGUUAUCAUAAAUGUGUGACCUGGUAUGCCUCCGCAGAGGUAGCUGGGGAGGGAGAGGCAACUGCGACAGGAGCUGGCAAUGUGAGGGAUAUGCGCCUUCUGCAAGCUGGCACCAAAGAAACUAAGACAUACAUCUGCCCACGUGAAAUAGAUGUGCACCGAGGAGACCCAGCGAAGUGUGGACGCCAGUGUCAUAAUGCGCAAAUCGGUAACCCCAUCAACUAUGAUAUUGAACGCCUACCAUUAUGGCGCAAAGUGAAAACAGAGCAAAAUUUCCACAGCGAAUGGAUGACAGACGACGGAGCUGCCUUCAUUGAAUAUGUACGCAGUAAGGAAAUUCUUGGACCUCUUUGA